UUGAUAAUAAUAUUAAUCAUAACGAUCAAGUCGACUCGCCGCCACUGACGGGCCUGGAGUGAGGAUAUCGAGAAUACUGUUCGCAAUUAGUAUUGUUUAUUUUUCGUCGCCGACUGCCGAGUUUGUCGAUCCGCCAUGCGCAACUAACGAUAACGCACUCAGUUUCGACGUCUCCGAUAGUAAAUGUUUCAACAGUAGUCGUAGAAAAGUAACAACAACAGUUUCGACAGUGGAGGUAUCUCCAAAAAUUGUAUUCGUGGCAUGGCACCGCGUCUCGCGCGUGUGUAGAACCAACUGCUGUACUCAAGAGUAAUAAAUAAUACCUUGUCACCGAUAAAUUAACUCUGUUUGUAGUCGUUGUCGGAAAUUAACAUUUAGGUACGAACGAUCAUGUUGAAAGCCGUGAUAUUAAUCGGCGGCCCGUCCAAGGGCACUCGAUUCCGGCCCCUCUCGUUGGACGUACCCAAACCGCUGUUCCCCGUGGCUGGCCUACCUGUUGUUCAGCACCACAUAGACGCGUGUUACCGUUUGGGUCAAAAACGGAGUUCAAUUUCUGAAGAUAACAGUAAUAGCAAUGUCGGCAAAUAUUGUGUCGCUGAGGUGCUUUUGUUGGGAUACUACGGAGACGAUGAACUUGCAGAAUUCUUGCUCACAGCUACUCAGAGUUAUCCAUCCUUGCGAAUCAGGUAUCUUCGUGAGCCUGAUGCUUUAGGUACAGCUGGCGGCUUAUAUCAUUUUCGUGAUACGAUCCUUGCUCCAUUAGACAACAGCGAAGGUGAGCAAGUGCAAGCAUUUUUCGUGAUGAACGGUGAUGUUUGUGCUGACUUUCCAUUAGAUGAGAUGCUUGAUAUGCAUUUCAAUAAUAAUAGUCAUCAGUCACAGCAUCAACAAAAACAACCAGUGCUAAUUACUGUCAUGGCUACUGAAACAACUCGCCAACAAUCCGUUCACUAUGGUUGCAUGGUUGUUGACAAAGAAACAAAUAUUAUACAACAUUAUGUUGAAAAGCCAUCUACAUUUGUUUCAAACACAGUAAAUUGCGGUGUUUAUCUAUGUUCUCCAAGACUAUUUGAUACUAUAGCAGAUAUUCAUUUAGAAAUUUUGAACAGUAAUGGAAAUGGUAAUCAACAAAAUAUUUCCAGGUAUACUACUAGCAAUAAUAAAAAUAAUAUUAAUCAACAGCAGCAACAAAAACCUGUUGAAGAACGAGUUGCUGGUGCCAUGGUCAUAUGGAUGGAGCAAGAUGUGUUACGUAGGCUUGCAGGAGAAUCUGGAAGUAGUUGUAGUAGUAUGAGUAGUGGUGGUGAUGGCAGUGGUCGAAUAAAGAAAGGUUCUAAAUGUGGCGGAGUGGCACUAGCAGCAACCACACGCAAUUGGUGGUCACAAUUGAAAACUGCUGGUGCAGCAAUUUAUGCAAAUCGUCAUUACUUAGCACUGCGUCAACAACGACAACGGUUACUACAACGAGAAUCAGUAAUUGAUUUGCCUUUGCCAUCACCAGUAAAAUGUCGAUUAGCAACUGCAGAUCCUAAAGGAUAUUCAACAAUUGGGAAUGUGUAUGUGCAUCCUUCAGCCCAAGUGCACCCAACUGCAUUACUGGGUCCAAAUGUAAGUGUAGGCGAAGGAGCAUUUAUUGAUCAAGGUGUACGUAUUAAGGAGUCUAUUGUGCUACAAGAUGCUGUCAUUGGUCAACAUAGUCUGGUGAUGCAUAGUAUUAUUGGUAGACGUGCUAAAGUUGGCGCCUGGUGCCGUGUAGAAGGUAGCGCAGCUUGCUCAGAUCCCAAUCCUAAUGUGGCAUAUGCCAAAAUGACACCUCAGCUGCCUUUAUUUAACGCCUUGGAUGGUCGACUCAAUCCAUCUAUAACUAUUCUUGGUUGUGGAGUCAAUGUCGAAUCAGAAGUAGUGUUAUUGAACAGCAUUGUGUUACCUUACAAGACUUUAACCAGAAGUUAUAAAAACGAAAUAAUAUUGUGAUCAUUGCAUAGUUGAAUUAAUAGACUCAUGCAAUAGAAAUUAAGACAAAAAAAAAACAUUGUACAACAAUUAUCUAACUUAUUAUAGAUAAUUGAUAAAAAAAAUAAACUAUAAUGUGCAAUUAUUUAUUAUUAUUAUAAAUAUGAAUACUUAUAUGGACAUAUUUAUAUUUUAUAUUCUUAUUCAGUUAGUUAUGCACAAUAUUAUUGUUAACUGUUAGGUAAAUGUAUUUUUGCAUAUUACCAUUA